AUGGAAGACCCCUGGGCCGACUCGGCCGCCACAUCGGACCCUCUCGGUUCCUCCACCCAACCGAGCGCCGGCGACAACGGCACCGGCACCGCCCCCGCCGGCUCAUCCAACGUCCCCUCCUCAACCACCGCAACAUCCUCCUCCUCCACCGCCCGCCCCUCGCGCACCACCCCGCGCCGCUUCGUCGCCCAGCCCACCCGCCUGCAAGCCGUCGAAGACGACCCCCUCGGCCCCCUCGGCGCAGCAACAGCAGCAGCAUCCACAGCCGCAGCAGCAGCAACCUCGCCGCUCCUCACCACCGCCGAGGACCCCGCCGCCCUCCAACCCGCACCAGGCCAGGAAGGCGGGCCCCCCGUCCCCCCGCUCAAGGAAAACAACCUCCCGCUGCGCACCACCAUGGGUCCGCCCACCCCGGGCUCGGCCGGCGCCGGCGCGAACAAGAUGCUGCUACACCGUGGUGGGCCGCCGGACCCGCAUCGCAUUGAUGAUGACGAGGAUAAUGGUGGUGGUAUUGGUGGUGCCGGUGGGAUUGGGGGCGCGGGGAGGCUGGGCGGGAGACAGCCGCCGCCGGUGCAGGCGGCCCAUCCGAGUCCGGUGCAUUCCGCUACGCGGCCGAGUGUUAGUGUCGAGCAGGCGGCGAGGCCGAGCUUCCAUAUUGCGGUGGGCGAUCCGCAUAAGGUGGGGGAUUUGACGAGUAGUCAUAUUGUUUAUUCGGUGCGGACGACGACAACGUCCAAGGCGUAUAAGCAGAGCGAGUUCGAGGUCAAGAGACGGUAUCGGGAUUUCUUGUGGCUGUACAACACCCUGCACGCGAACAACCCGGGCGUGGUGGUGCCGCCGCCCCCCGAGAAGCAGGCCGUCGGCCGGUUCGAGAGCAAUUUCGUCGAGGCGCGGCGCGCGGCGCUCGAGAAGAUGCUCAACAAGACCGCCGCGCAUCCGACGCUGCAGCUGGACGGGGACCUGAAGCUGUUCUUGGAGAGCGAGGCGUUCAAUGUGGAUGUCAAACACAAGGAGCGGAAGGAACCCAGUCUUGGGGAGAGCAAGAGCGUGCUUGGGUCGCUGGGGUUCGGUGUGGGUGGUGGGAAUAAGUUCGUCGAGCAGGAUGAUUGGUUCCACGACCGCAAAGUUUACCUUGACGCGCUAGAGAACCAGCUCAAGGCGCUUCUCAAAGCUAUGGACGGUAUGGUUGCCCAGCGCAAGGCCAUGGCCGAGGCCGCCGGCGAUUUCUCGGCUUCCCUCCACGCCCUAUCUACCGUCGAGCUUUCGCCCACCCUCUCCGGACCCCUCGAUGCACUUUCCGAGCUGCAGCUCACGAUUCGCGACGUCUACGACCGCCAGGCACAACAAGACGUGCUCACGUUCGGCAUCAUCCUCGAGGAGUACAUCCGCCUGAUCGGCAGCGUCAAGCAGGCGUUCACCCAGCGCCAAAAAGCCUUCCACAGCUGGCACGCAACCGAGUCGGAACUCUCCAAGCGCAAAGCCGCACAGGACAAGCUGCUGCGCCAGGGCAAGAGCCAGCAGGACCGGCUCAACCAAGUCAACGCCGAGGUCGCCGACGCCGAGCACAAGGUGCACAAGGCGCGACUCUUGUUUGAAGACAUGGGCCGGUUGAUGCGGUCUGAGCUGGACCGCUUUGAACGGGAGAAGGUGGAAGAUUUCAAGUCGGGUGUGGAGACUUUCCUUGAGAGCGCCGUCGAGGCGCAGAAGGAGUUGAUCGAAAAAUGGGAGACAUUCCUCAUGCAGCUUGAUGCUGAGGAUGACGAGACAGUCUUUUACCGGCCCCCUGUUAUCCAGUCGAACAAGCCGGCCGGUGACACAGCUGUGGAUCGGGCUAGAGCGAGGAUCCACGAAGAUUCGGAUUAG